CCCCCGCGGGCCCUGUGCAGUAUUCGAAAGGCUGGGAAUCGAGCUGCUGUACGGCUCGGGCCUGUUUUGUGAAAGCAGAUUGAUUUAAAUCAGACCAGAUCGGCCAGAAAAUGCCUCACAGUUUCAAAGCUGGAGACCUGGUUUUCGCUAAGAUGAAGGGUUACCCUCACUGGCCGGCUCGGAUUGACGAUGUUGCGGAGGGAGCCGUGAAACCACCAUCAAAUAAGUACCCGAUUUUCUUCUAUGGCACUCAUGAAACGGCAUUUUUGGGACCAAAAGACAUUUUCCUUUUUGAAAAAUACAAAGACAAAUAUGGGAAGCCAAACAAGAGGAAAGGAUUCAAUGAAGGACUGUGGGAAAUACAAAACAACCCAAACGUCAGCUUUACUGCACCACUGCCAUCAAGCUCCUCAGACAGUGAAGUCCCAGAAAAUGAAGUGAUCCCAGGAAGUGGGGCAGAAGUGGAGAAAGAAGCAAGUGAUGUGGAAUCUGACAAGGGCAGCAUUGAACAGAGUGGAAUCAAGAAGAAGCCGCUCCUUGCAAAGAAACCACCUCCAAAACGUGCUCGUAAAUCAAGUGAUGAAGAGGAAGAGGAAAGUGGCUCCAACUCGUUGGAAGAGAAUUCUGAAGCAAGUUCUUCAGAAUCUGAGAAAAAUAGUGACCAAGAAUUCACGCUAGAAAAGAAAGUAAUUUCCAGAACACCUCGGCGAGGCCCUGCAGCUGGAAGGAAUAAAAAGAAGUAUGACUCUGAUGAAGAAGAGGAAGAAGAUGAGAAGCAGGAUGAUGAUGAUGAGGAGGAGGAGCAGAAGAAGCAGGUACAAGCUAAGGAAGAUGAUGAUGAUGAAGAUUAUAAGCGAGAAUCUGACUCCGAUGACUCCAUAAAGAAACCUACCAGAGGCAGAAAACCAGCAGCUCAAAAGAAGACUCCAAAACCCCGAGGGAGGAAGCCAAAGAUUGAAAGGUUACCUUCUGUCUCCAGCAGCCUCAGCAGUGACAGUGACAGUGAUGCUGAAGGCAAGAUCAGUGACUGGAAAAAACGAGAUGAGGAGCGAAAGAGAGAGAUAGAGGAAAGGAGGAGGAAACAACAGGAAGAAGAGCUGAGGAAGUUGAGAGAAAAGGAAAGGGAGGAGGAAGAGGAAGAAAAGAGAAAACGAAAAGAAGAAAAAGAAAAAGAAGAGGAACAGGACAAAAUACUUGAUGAAAUAGAUGAAAUGAAGAAGAAAGAAUCAAAGAAGAUGAAAAAAAAUCGGACUAAAUUGAAAUACGCCUCUGAUUCUGACUCAGAGGUGGAAAAGGAGGUGAAGAAAAAGUCUAAGAAACCACAUCCCGAGCCCACAACUAAACAAAAUCAACAGAAAAAAGAGAAAGAACAAAAAGAAAGAAAACGUAAGCUGGAAGACCGUCACAAAGAAAGGGCAGCAGCCAAGGCAGAAAAGGAAAAGAAGAAAGAAGAAAAGUUGCAAGCUAGGAAGCUAGAAAAGAAAAAAGAGAUGACGGCAGAGCAGAAGCUUCAGAAGAUACAUACAGACAUUAAACAUGCUCUGAAGGUUGACAGUCCUGAUGUCAAGAAGUGUGUGGAGGCACUUGAAGAACUGCGAACACUGCAAGUCACUACACAGCUCUUGCAGAAACACAGUGAUCUGGUCGCAACAUUAAAAAAGAUACGCCGUUAUAAAGCCAGUCAGGAAGUCAUGGCAAAAGCCAGUGAGAUCUACAGUCAUUUAAAGUCCAUGUUUAUGGGAGGAGAUGAUUCUGGCAAUAGUACACUGAAGAAGACUCAUUCUGACCAGGAGCAGCAGAAAAAUAACAAAACCAAAGAGGAGGAGAAAGAAGCUGAGCACAGCAUGAAGGAGAAGCAGGAUUCUGAUUCCUCUACCGCAGUAAAUGGGGAAACAGCAUCUCAGAAGAAUGAAAUACUUCCAGAGAAUCAAGAACAAGAUCAGUCAUGGACAGAAAAGGAGAAGAAUGCUGAGGAAACAUUGGUUGGCAAACAGAAUAGUGCUCCAUACAUACCUGCAGUGCUUCAAUCAGAAGAUCAACACACCACCGAUACAGAGACCAUUCCAAUGGAGAUGGAGUCAGCUAAUGAGAGUUAAGGCUAUGAGCCAUAAUCAACUAUGGGACACGUUUUAAAAUCUGGGUUGUUUUCAAAGAAGAACAUUUGUCACUUGAAUCGUCCUAGAACCUAGUAAAGACUGGUUUUGUUGUCUGCCCACGUGAAGAAGCUGAAAGAGGUCACUUACUUUGCAGAACUCUAUUUCUUCAUUUUGUUGAAAAGAGAAACAAAAAUAUUGGUCUGCACAUUUAAUGUAUCUUCUUUUCUUACAUUGAGCAGAAGAAGUGAAUGUGGCGCAAGGUGCAGAAAUGGCUGCCUUUUGGUGGAUUAAAUCUAUCACCAGGAAUUUUCUCUGGGUUCUCCUGACUAGCGGAAAUCCUGGAUAGACAUGUAAGCAGGUUUUUGCUGCAGUUGUAAUGGCCAAUCAGGAGAACACUCAAGGAAAUUAAUGGCGAAUGUUUUACUUAAUUUCAGAGCGUAUUUGUUUUUUUGCUUCUCAUGAAGUUAUUUGUUUAAAGUUUUUAUCAAUCUGAAGUAUGUUCUCCAUGAUGGGUUGGCUCACAGAAUUAGACAAAGAAAGUGUGUUUUUCUUUCUUUUUCAUUUUUAACCUCUUCCAGCUGCAAAGGUCCAUUACAUGAUUUCCCCAAACAGCAAAUUUCUCAGCACUUAACCGAACUUUUUUACAGAAAGAACUGAUUAUGUAGAGAUUUCAGCUUUGUCAUUGUAAAGUACAACUUUGUUACCAGUACCAGUUAUUAAAGUUUGACCUUGUGGGAGUUUUUAUGUGAUGUUGACACAGAUGUAGUGAGCUCCCUUCUUCAGUGUCUUUGUUAAGAAUAGUGUGUAAGAGAGCAGCACUGUAGGGGAGGCCUGUAACUACUUAUGGAUGUUAAUCCUCUGAAUGUCUUCCUGUCUCAUUCCUUCUAAAUUCCAAAUACGCCAUUCUACAUACUCUUCAUCCUUGCUAUAUUGAAAUCAAGAUUUGCCAUGUCAUCUCCUACUCCUAAUUCUUUCACAUGACCUCAAAACUGUGGGACUUCUUAUCAUCCUUUGUCUUCCCUUCUUCCUUUAACCUAGAGACUUGUAAAACUCAAUUUUGACAUAGCCUAACCUUUACGUCUUGAUUGAUCUCAUCGUCACUUUUCGUCUUAAAUGUGGUGGUCUGCACUGUGAGCCUUGACCUCUGGCUUUUGUUUGUUAAUAAUUUAAAGGAAAGAAAAUCAAAUCUGUUGUAAAAGACCACCAAGGAAAAAUGGCCUUUAGCAGGUUAAUCUAGAAAAUUUUAAAAUGCAAACUUUUAUAUAUUAAAAAAAACAUUUUGUGUGGA